AUGCGUGGCGUUUUGUCAAUAUGUGGUACUGCCGGUAAUCUUGUGUCAAGAUUCAUACCAGGUUUAAGUGAAAGCGCAAAAUUUUUCAUUAAAGAUUUUUGCAGAUUAAGUGAUGUUCGUAAUGCAAGAAUUAGUUACAUAUUUUCUUGCUUUUUGGUGCUUUCAUUAUUGUUGACAUUCUGUAAUGGCCUACAAUUGGGCGCUUUUACUACAAAGACACCCAGGGUCACCAAAUACACAACAAAACCUCCAUCGUCUGCAUCUAUGAACCAUGACGCCACCACAUCCAUUUAUCGUUUUAAUGCCACGAAUGGAAUCACUUGCAUCCUAAUCAGCGUUGAUGGUUUAAUAAGUAUCAAAUAUCGCAAUAAAUUGAAUGAAGACGUGGAGGCUGAUGUUUAUUUACCCGAUAACCCUAGUCUGAGCGGUGAGUGCGUGGAAUCGAAUAUGGAAAUAUUAACAUUAGACUUUAAAGGAUUUAAGUUAUCGAUGACAUUUAAAAAGUCUUCUGGAGGAGAAGGCUGGUAUAUUAAUUUAUUCGAGCUCUCAUAUUCGUCGUCAAAUCAAUUAUUUGAACAUCCAGAUCGUCCAGGACUUGAUGUGAAACUUUCCUCACAUACACCAAUGUAUUUCCCAACACCUGUUGGUAAAUCUUAUGUAUGCGAUAAGGAACAGGCUGUGGUUUUGUAUGCGCCGCUUGAUUCUGGCGAUCAAUCUGGUCACAUAGCACGUUUAUAUCUACGAGAUCUACACAUGCAAAGUUUUAUGUUCAAAGAGAGUGGUAAAUGGGGUCCUUCAUUUCAUUGUAGCGCUACGGGUUCCUAUCGAGAUGAGACGGCACCACUUGCUGUUGGUACAGCGCUAGCGAUAGCUGUGUUAUUAACAGUAUCAGGAUAUGGUGGUUGGAGAUACUUUAAAAUAAAGAAAGUCCAAUAUGGUUCCAUGGAAUAAGGAAAUGUAAAUUAGUGUUAAAUUAGACAUUUUUUUGUUUGUCUCCUAUAAUAAUUAAUAA